GCACCUGCCACUAACAUAAUACAGCUUGCCUCUGUGCGCCAGCUUUCAAAGAAUUUUGGAUCCUUCCUCAUGCUCUUGUAGUCCUAGCAGAGCAUCUCUUUCAUAUCCUAGUCGCGUAUUUUGGACGCGCCGCAGACAAACAGCACAAACAUUGUUGCGUCUGCAGCCUCACUUCACAUCACGGAAUGCAGUCCUCCCCUCCGACAAGUAUUGGGAAAGCGCGCAAUAUUCGCGAGCUUUCGCGCAGCCUCAGUCACAGCCCGCGCAGUAUCCCGUCGCCAUCACCGCCGCCCAGCGACUCCAACCCAACCAAACACUCAGGAUUUGGCACCGAGACAAGCAGCUUCUUCAACGAUCCGGACGUCAUCAUGUCAACACAACAGAACUUUGUCGACUCGACCAACACAUUACCGCAGUAUCCGCGCAUCCGCUCGACUGCCAAGAAGAUGACCUCCUGGCAGCCGAUGCGCUCGGAGCAGAUCAACCCCGACACAUCAAUGGUAAACAAAGAGUUUGGCGACUUCGACCGCAGCUUCUCGGACGAAGAGAGUAUCUCAGUCGAACAGGCGCGCGGCCUUCACAACAACCGCAGCACACCAGUCAAGCAGAGCUCUCUAUUCCAAAGCCUCUACGACGUCACACCGCCUACGAACCGAACGCGUAAGUCGUAUGUUGCCGAAACUGGAAGUCUCCGACGCGACGCACAAAUUCGACGCGCCUCGCGCAACGACCUUGAUAUCGCGUCACCGCGUCCUGCGAGCAAGCGCAACUCUCCAUCGAUGUCAACAAAGGAGAACAAGCGCAACUCUCUGGCGCAGCUCCACGCUAAGCUUUCUGAAGAUGAGUCGCCGUUCAUGCAGGACCGUCCGCCCACAUUGACCGUCAACUCGACCAAGAACACGCGAUGGGGCAACCGGAGCCGCCAGACAUCCCUCCAGAUGGAUGGUGUUGUGGAUGAAAUCGCACGCGCCAACACGAGGCCCAACUCGCGCCCUCCGACCGCCCAAAACGCGACUGCACAGUCUUUCAUUCUGCCCGACCUACCUAACUUGACCGAGCUGGUGUCCGGCGUCUUCGAGGAUGGUACACCUGUGUUCUCGAAGAACACAUCGUCGCGAUCCCGUUAUGCUGCGCCUCCUGGUGGGGGUCGUCGUCCCAACCACAUUCCCAUCGACAGUGUACCGAUUCCUGAUGAAGAGAAGGCGAUCUUUUCUGCUCUUCAGCAGUUGCAGGACAAGGUCGCGCAGAUAGAGUCUGAACGAUCUGAGCAAGAAAGGCGGAUUGAGGAGCAGGACCUCGAGUUGAUUGAGCUUCGCGAAAAUGCACGAGCACAUGAGAAGUCGCGACGCAGCGACAGCGCAAAUGACUCGGAUGCUGGUAAGGGGCAUUGGAAGGUCGAGAAGACGCGCCUCGACGCGACUGUACAGACACUCCGAACGAAACUCGACCGCGCCGACCGCAAAGUUGCUGUUCUUGAGAUUGAGAAGAAGCGCUUGACGACCGAACGUGACAACAUGACGAACCAGCUAGGCGUUGCGUUCCAGACGUGCGAAGAGCUCAAGAACGAGAAGCUGGCUUUGGUUGAUGAGAAUGAAGUGCUUCGUCAGGAAGUCGACUCCCUCCGUGGCGACAAUGAGGAGCUCCGCGAUCAGUUGAACCACGAGAUGUCGCACCACCGCGAGGAGACUGUAAACCUUCGACAACAAUUCGACCAGGCCGCGAACGCGACGGAGAAGAAGAACGCCACUCUGAAUGCUGAGCUGGCUCGUAUGCGCACUCAGUAUGAUGAGAACACUCAACAGCUCGCCCGUCAGGAUCUCGAGAUUCGCAACGCACGUCAAGAGAGGGCUGAGUUCGCCCGCCUUCAGGCCGAUAAUGAGGCCCUGAAGUCACAGCUCGCCAGCAUGAAGUCGAAGCGUGAAUCCGAGAUCAAGAAGUGGGAGCGCCAAGAAUCUGCGUUGAAAUCACAGGUGGAGCGUCGCGACGAGACCAUUCGACACUUUCAAGAUGCUACCCAGGAGGAGACGAACGAUGCCAUCCGAUUGGAUAACGAGGCCCUUCGAGAGGAGCUCGCACACCUCGCCGCGCAACACGAGGACGAUUACGAGAAAUGGUCCAGGAAGGAGAGUCAGCUGAAGCGCAAGGUCCAGCAACGCGAAGCAGCUGCUAGGCAGACCCUAGACCUGACCCGAGAAGUUCUCAACGUUCGGGAGACCAUGGAGCAGCAGAAGAACAGCGCGCGCCCGGAUACCCUCCAACGCAAGCCUAGCUACCGUCGCGAGGACACAGGCUCUCGUAUCAAGAGCCGUGUCCAGCAAGAGUCGCGCAACAGCCGGUCUGAGCUUGCACAAUCCAGCCGUGUCCAAGAAAACCCGCGUCAGGAGUACACUGGCGUCUCUAGGAAGGACUUCAGCAAGUCUCUGCCAGCGGACACUCGACGAAGCUUCUCCGCGCCCAUCGUCGAUAGGAAGGCGUACGUAGACAGCGAGGUCGAGUCGACUACGGAUCUUUCUCUCAAGCCUCACGGCACUCCGUACAUGUCACGUAGUGUUCAGUCUGCAAGACCAGCUGCCACUAUCCAAAGACCUGCUGACUUGGACCUGACCGAGCUGAGCUUCAUUGGUAGCGACGUUAUUGCUCAGCUCCGUCGCCAAUUGGAGGAAGAACGCGCAAACGCACGACGUGCCUCUUCUGCUCCAUUCGAACAGACUGCUCGUGAGGAGACCGUUCACUCGCAGCGGCAGACUCGCGAGGAUACGAUGAGGUCCGUUGCUUCUGCUAAGAGCGGGCGUCGACCAUCGCUGGUUCGCAAGUCAUCAAUGAAGGACACUACGCACCGCACAGCAGCGUCCGAAUUUGAGGACGACGUUACAGGCAACCUGUCGAAUCUGGAUGCCGACACCGAGGCCACUCGCACCAAGGAUCUUUCUAUGCACAGCAACACCAGCCGUCGCCGACGUAGCGCUCCUACUGAGAUGACAUCUGCCUUCAUUGUCCCUGACCUCAAGAUUGAAUCCCGCAGGCCAUCCAUAACCGCGAAUACCAUCUCCAAGCACGACAGGAACCACGACAACGCCAACUGCACUGUCUGUCGCCGCGAAGGUCUCACCUCUUCGACAUCCGCUCUCCGUGUUCCCCGCCUCGUGCCAGUCUCUACUCGCAUGCCCGAGGACGAGAUCGAUGCUACCCUCCGCCCCGCACGGUCCCCCAAAGAGGCCCUCGCCUUUGUUGUGAAGGAGCUCCAGGACGAGCGCGCUCACCUGCACAUCGAGCUCGCCACACUCCGUGCCAUGCUCGAACUGCACGAUGCCAGCCAGGGCGCUCGCAAGCGUACCGAGAUCAACGCGAGCAUCCAAGAGACUCUGCGCCGACUCGAGAUCAAGGAUUCCCAGAUCUACAACUUGUACGAUGUACUUGAGGGCCAGGCUGCCGAUGGCGACAUCACAGAGCAGGACGUCGAGGACAUCACAGAACAGAUUCGCGCUGAAGACGCUAAGGAGGGUCUCAACGCUGAUGUUGACAUGAGUCACGUUGAGUUCGAGAGGGGAAAGAAGGGUCAGGGCAAGAGGGUCACGAUCCGCAGCUUCGUCGACGAGAGCGAAACCGAGGAGAUGCAGACGCGCGACUUCGGAAAAGACGCACUCCGGAAGACGAUCCAGGACGACGAGACGGAGGAGUUGCCGUGGGACGGCUUCGAGGACAGCAUCAUCCCUGAGGGAUGGGGUCACGUUACUAAGUGAACACUUUGAUAUGGCGUUUUCAGGGUUUGGAUACCGUCAUUACUACGGGCAUUGGGUACAGCGUCGCACAGACGCUUCUUUCUUGUCUUCCACUCUCCUACCCUUCCUUCUCUGUCAGCUGGACGCCUCACGCCCCUCUUUUCACGGUCAGAGUCGGCACCACACACCAGCGACCUCCCGCAACCUCGGAGCUGCUUCGACUCGCCUCCGGGCUUGAGUCGGCAUGCAACGAGGCCGCGGUCGAGAACGCUGGUCAACCCUGCCGUAUCUGCCCCGAAAGGGGGAAUAGCGGUCUUCAGUCAGUCAGCAGCAAAUGGAACUCGUAGGAUAGUUCAAACCAUUCACUUCACUUU